GGACGGACGGCGCUAGCUGCACUCUGUGCCGCUAAAAAGCCUCCGUCCCGGGAGCCAGUAGCACCCGGGCAGCCUCGACGCACGGGAGAAGCAUUCGUCACGCCCGUGACCCGGCGGCCAUCGCAAAAGCCGCGCAAACGCACCGCCCCGGGCGCCGAUUUGGGCAGCCUCCUCUCGGCCACCACAAGCUAGCAAGCACCGACGCGGCCCGCCGCCGACGAGCGUUCGGCAAGUACCGGUCGGAGCCAUGCGCGGCGCCGACGUCGCCCGCGGCAUGCGGCCGAACACGUCCUAUCCCCUACGAACGCGCAAGCCGCCGCGCGCGCCGGCCUUCGACCAGUUCUCGGAAGAAUUCUACGACCGCGCCGGCGCCAAGAGCCUACUCACAACGGCGAACUGGCACGCCGAAGCGCUCGAGCAGCGCGACCUGCUGCGAGGCAAGACGUGGCAUCCGAGUUAUGGCGUCGAUUUUCAAAGGACGCAGAAAUUGUUUAGACAAGCCAACUACGCCGCCGACGCGUUGCGGAGGUGGCGGCCGCAGCGCGACGACCCGCACAAGCGAACUCGAAGAAGGCGUCGACCGUCGACGACCGGUACGCGAGCGGUGGCCUUUGAACCUAGCUCGUCCAAGGGCUGGGCCCACGCCGCCACCGGCGCGGAGUCCGCCCAGGAGGCGUCCCAGAGAUUCAAUUUGCGAGACGUCGAGGCUCUCGCGAAGAUCGACUCGCCGCCAAUGCCUUUGGCGUUGGCCGGUGCCGCGUUACUCUUACUAGCUGUGCGAGAAGUCCCGUUUGAAGAGUUAACGUGGCCCCACUUCGUGAAGUUCGUGGACCGCUACGGCGCCGAAUCACUCGUCGCGGCGGUCCGAUCCGUCGACGCGCGGGAAGUUCCGGACUUCAAGAGGCGAGCCCUACAACACUUUUUGGGCGACGACGAGCCCGACUUUUCGCUCGUCAACAAAGAGUGCGAGCGGGCCUGGUUCCGGGCCGACGCCUGGAUUCGAAGCGUGUUGUACGCCGCGGACGCGGCGGCGGCGGCGCGCGUCGGCGCGGACGAAACUGCCCGAAAAGCCUCGAGACAAGCUUCACGUCAAAGUGAGAGAGCGAAGGAGCGGCCGCCGGACCGUGUCGCGACGCCGGCCGGCUGGCCCGCGUCCAUCAAAGACAGUGUGAAAGCACCAAAGACGGGACGCCCGGACAUCGUCCUAUCAUCGAUCAUGCGCCCGAACUUCGGGCCCGACCCCAACCGUAAGGAGAGCGCUCCCGUUGGAGAGGAGGUCGUCCUGUCGACGACCACAAACUAUCCGACCACAUAUACGCACGCCAAAGAUUUGAACAGAAUAGCUUCCUCCAAUUGGCUGGUCACGGCCCUCAAAUGUAACAGUAGGAAGAAGAGCGGCUAUGUGGUUAGGGCGUAUCAUCCGGGUGCGCGCGUUUCGGUCGAAUUGCAUGUUUCUCAAGAAGAGGCCGCUAGGCGGGCGCGGUUCGCGCGGAAAUCGCUCAAGCGGUGGGCGUCCCGCAAUCUAGUGAGGGAGGUGGAGAUGAUGCGCAUCAACAACAAGCUGAAACUGCGCCUGCCGAACGCCGAAUUUCGGCCGCCCGCGGCGGCCGAGGCGCGGCCGUUCUUUUUGGUGCGCAUGUCGAGCCGGUACUAGGGAAUCGGUGGCGGCGUAAUCAGGC